AACAAACAAUAUUGUCUUUAUGAAGACGAGAAUUGGGUUAACACAUCUGGUUAGAAGGUAUUAUUCCUCCGGAGCAGCUUCCACCACAGGAAACCCACUUUUGUUGGAUAUCCUUCCUUCGAAGAAGAUAAUCUCUCGUUUAUUGUUCGACUAUGACGCACGCUACAACUUCAGCAAGUACUUGCCUGUCGUAGAAUCUAUCUAUGACUCGCUGCCAGAUGUUUUUGGAAAAGAACCGGAGAUCCCAGAAAGGUUCAGAGGAAACGACUUACUUAUAUUUCAACGGGUGCUUGCACAGAUCAGGAAACAGACACACACUAUCAACCCUUUAUUAUUGAAACUCGAGAAUGAGCUCGUUGAACACGCUGCAGAGAGAGGAUCUCGAGAUGCCCUAUGCACCUUAUCCUUUAUGGCCUUAGACAACAACGGGGAAGGCUGGACCGAAGAUGAUAAAAGUACAGCAAAGAAAUACAUUAAGGAUUUGAUGGAAAUGGAACACCCUUUGGCUUUCAAACUAGCUGCAGACAGAGAACUUAAGGGUUUCACGGAAUCUUUGAACCAAAAUGAAGAAGAAGAAGAUAUGUCAGUGGAUGCCAAAGUGCUACGAACAGAAGAAUCCACUGCCGACUUGUCUCCCACAUCGGACACAUCGUUUACUAACAUCACAUCUUCACCAAAACGACUUGCACGCGCAGUAUCAUUGUACGACCACUUCUUGAAACUAGACCCCAAAUCGACUGUUGCAGCUGCUGCACACCGUAGCUUGGGAAUGAUCUUUUUCAGAACCCAGGAGUUAGUUAAAGCAGCCGAGCAUUUCAAACAUGCGGUACAGCUUGCACCUGCUUCGGACAACGCUCAGGCACAUUUCUUCCUUGGUUUGUUGAAUGAGAUCGACACACUGAAAGCCAGGUAUCAUUUUCAAAUGGCUGCAAAAGAGGGGUUCAGAGAAUCGUUUGCAAACCUUGGAUACAUUGAGCUGAACGUGUUCAACGAACUGAAGAAAGCAAAAGAGUGGUUCGCCCUUGGUGCAGAACUCGGUGUCCCCGAAUGUAUAGUCGGGCUGUUUGACGUUGCAUACCGUGGGAAUGACUGGAAAAGAGCAAAGGACAUCAUCACGAGGGCAGAGAAGCAAGGUGUUGGAAAGAUGCUUUACGACUCUCGUAAGGACAACGUCGAGAAAGUACAAGAAAUUACCUCCUUUGACCCUAUAGUUGACGAGCAACAUGCCGAAGAGACAGGUGACAACAACAACCAGAAACGUAGGUCAAGAUGGGAUUUAUAGAAAUGUAUAUACAGAUGAAACGUUAAAUGUUAAUGCGAUACUGCUGAUAGUU